AUGAAAUCAAGAGCAGAGAAGAAGAUGAGAAAGUUUCUCAUUGAACAAUUAAGACAAAGAAAACAAAAUGGAGCAAGAUUAGCUCAAGGUAAAAAAAAAACAGAAUCAGAUUUAAUUGAAUCAAAUUUAGCACCUCAAGUAUUCUUAUUUAAAAAUUUAUUCUCAGGUCAAGUUUUAUAUUCACAAGUACCUGCGUUCCAUCAAGAUCAAAUAGAAUCACAAUUUCAAUUACCAAAUUGGCAAAAUAGAAAACCAAGUAGAAGACAAGAUUUAUGGAGAAUAAUGUGUAUUGCAAAUUUUAAAAAUUAUGAAUAUGCAAUAGCUGCUUUUACUGGCUUAUUAGAUUUAAGAAGAACAAGAGAUAUAAUACAAAAACAACAAGCAAUGGAUAUGAGAAAAAAAAAUGAUGAUGGUAAUAUAUGGUAUUCAGGACAAUAUAGACCAACAUAUGCACAAGAAGCAAUUGCAGAUUUAAGUCAUGUUAUAGAUGAAUUUGAAUUAGAUGAAACUAGAUUAUAUUGGGAAAACGAAUUUAGAAAGGGAGAAAAUAAAUAUUGGAAUUUAGAAUUAGUUCAACAUGAAACAUUACCAAUAUAUAGUCCAAAAGAUCAAAGUAUAAUGUUGGAAAUAAUGAAAGAUAAAGCAAUGGAAGCAUUUAAAAUACAAAGGGAAGAAUUCGACCAAACUGACCAAACUGACCAAACUGAAACAAUCCCAACUACUGUAUAA